GCCCUGUACGUUCUUUCUCUCUUCGCUUUUUACAUUUCCAUUCAGUUGACCAUUCCAUUACGCUCGAACAUCAUGCAGACCCGCCGAAGAACCAUAACCCUCACUACCGAGGUUACUAAAACCGCCUCUCUCAAGCCAAACCUCACCUCUGCCUUCAAACACACCAAGUCCAGGAUGAGCACCAGAACGCUAGUCACUAAAUCCGGUAUCAGGUCCACGGAGAGCAAUGUUCUUGAGUCACAGACGUCGGCCCUUUCAAUUGAAAAUGAUAUCACCAUCGCAUCCACUUCGGCCAAAAAGGCGAUGCGUCGAACCCGCAAGACGGUCUCUCCAUCCACUGCCACUAUUGUGACAACGACAAGCACGACAGGCACCACUGAGGUGAUAAAGGAGAAGGUCGCAAAGACAUCUGAGGAACAACCUUGGACCAAGAGACCCGCGCAUGUACCUUCCUAUGCCAAAGAUGCGCUGGACCAUCUCUGCAAGAUGGAUCCAGCUCUUGCGCCUCUGAUUGCCAAACACCCCUAUAGAAUUUACACUGACCACGACACUAAUUACUUUCGCGUGCUUACACGAACAAUCCUCGGUCAACAAAUACACUGGAAGGCCGCGAGGUCAAUCAUCUACAAGUUUGUGUCGUACUACUUUCCCGACAAGGUUACCGUCGAGUCCCUGGACUCGGGGGACAAGACGUUUCCGACGCCACAUCAGGUUUUGUCCACGUCUAUGGAUCAAUUGCGACAUUGCGGUCUCUCUGAGCGCAAGGCAUCGUAUGUGCAGGAUCUAGCCAAACAUUUUGUAGAGGGCAAAAUUACGUUUACGGACAAGACCAUGCUUCAAUCCAUGCUGGACAAGGACAUCGCGUCGCAACUGCUAUGUGUCCGAGGAAUUGGACCUUGGACUGUAGAUAUGUUUAUGAUGGAUUCGCUUGAGCGUCUGGAUGUUCUACCAACUCUUGAUCUGGGUGUCCGCAGAGGGAUGGAAAAGCAUUUCGCGGGCGAGUACAAGAACGGCUUGUGGGGUACGAUUGUCGAAGACACGGAGGUGGAUGGAAACGGUGUGCUGGUCAAGAAGAUCAAAAAGAAGGCUGGGGUCAAGGCUAAAGGCAAGGCCAAGAACGGUGAGAUGACUUGCGAGGAUAUGGAGCGGAUGGCCGAGCGAUGGAGGCCAUAUCGUAGUAUCGCCUCUUGGUACAUGUGGAGAAACGCGGGUCCGGAGGGUGUUAUCGCCGCGCCAAUUUGAGCGCGUUUGGAAUUUUUGCAGCUCAAAAAAAAUAAAAUUAUUGUAUUGUGCCC